GGGAAAUGACCUUACCGCGGCUGAUUGGAAUUGGAAUCAUUUAAGGGUUUUUACUUCAUAGGAAAUUUAAAGUUAAUUAACUGCUGAUUAAUUGUCGUCAGGUAAUGAAGCGCAUAUAAAUAAAUGGACGAACCGGCCAAACAUUCAUCGAGUCUUACGAAGUGACUAGUUGGAAGAUGACGUCGUCCACCAUCCUCUCGCUUCUUGUUUCUUGUUCGAUUAUUUUUGCUGGUGUUGUCGUUGAUGCUGAGCUCUGCCCGGAAGCCUUGGCCGAUCCGUUUGCAGAGUUCAAAACUCACUUUCUCCUCUGGACAAGAAGCAAUCCAACUGUAUUUCAACCCUUGAUUGUCGACAAUUCAUUUCUCCUGAGUGUUUCCAACUACGAACCAACGAACCCUACCAUAAUCUACUCUCACGGUUGGGCAGAAGAUGGCCAAGAUGAUUUAAGUCUCGGAAUGCGCGACAGUUUUCUGCAGAGGGAGGACUGUAAUUUUAUUUCUGUCGAUUGGCGAUUUUUAGCUUUGCCACCCGUUUAUCCUAAAUCAGCGGCCAACGUCCAGCCUGUAGGAGAGCUCACUGGGAAAUUAAUCAAUUUCCUGAUUUCUCAGGGAGCCGACCGUCUCAAAUUUCACUUGUUGGGCUUCAGUUUGGGAGCUCACGUUGUUGGCCGAGCAGGGCUGACCGCCACCGACAUCAUGCCCAGAAUAACAGGAUUUGACCCGGCAUUUCCGUGUUUCGAGAAAGCCAGUAGGGACGAAAUUAUCGACAGUACGGACGCUGAAUUUGUAGACAUAAUCCACACUAACGCUGGACUUUUAAUCCAAAAGCGCUUAGGAUUUCCGUUCUCUCUUGGGCAUGCAGAUUUCUGGCCUAACGGUGGAUCGAUUCAGCCGGGAUGUGGCUCAGUCGAUCUAACGACGAAUGGAACCCUAGCAAAUAUCGAAGCUGUUUUAUCAGAAGUUGCUUGUAAUCAUCGACGAUCCGUGCUAUAUUUCAUCGAGUCCGUCAACAGUGCCGUACCUUUUACUUCCACCCAGUGUAAUUCUUAUGCCGAAUUUAAUAGUGGAGCUUGCGCCAAUAAUUUCCGAACUCCAAUGGGACUUCCCGUUUCAACCUCAGCUAGAGGAAAUUUCUAUUUGAAUACCAACGACAGUCCUCCUUUUGCGCAGGGUUGAUGAAAAGUAUUUUAAUAUUGCAAAUGUGGACCGAUAAUAUUUAUUUGAUGGACAUAACAAAACGAGGAGGUGCAAGUGUUGGGGCAGGUCCCAAAGUCCGUGAAGUGUUUCAAGUUAAAUUAUUUUCGAAUGUGAAGGUUUACCCGCUGACAAAGUUGUGAAAUACAAAA